AUGCGCCGCCAUCCGUCGCAGGUUUGUGGCAAGCCGGCUUCAAGGUGGCGCUUUAAGGUGGCGCCCCUCUUCAAGCCAAUACGCCGGAAUCUAUUUUCCGCCGGGGUGGACUUCAAGUGUUUCGUGGUCACCGUCCUCUAUAGUCGGCAGGGCAACAGGCGGUUCUUCCUCAACCUGUCGCGCCAUCACAGGCAGCUGCCGAAGGUCCUUACGACCACGUUGAACACACUCCGUUGGAAAAACUGGCACACCUUCUUCAUGCUAACCCCGGCCCGGGAAUUCCUCUACUGGCGACUCCGCUAUCCCAUGAAUCCCAUCAACGCACUAGACAGAGAAGCUACCUCCAGUCUGGAGCUAUGCCGGAAGAAGCUGAAGGUCAUUUGCAAGCCCAAGAGGUGGGAGGGCCAUGGAAGGAAGCAUCGGAACGCUCACAAUUCCAUCCUUUAG